CGUACAGUCUAGGUACAUUGGUCCGGCUGGAUAAGCCUGCCGAUGGAUGGAAGUACUGUCACUGCCCAACCUUGAAGUGUGCAGCUAGUCGGAGGUAGCAGGAUGUCAUAGGUCCAUCGUCUCCGACCAGUGAUGAUGACCUGAAACACUCAUGAGAUGACUCUAUCUACGUGCGCUAUCAAUGGUCUCUAAGCGACACUCUGCAUUAUCGACGAUACCUAGCCUGUAAGGAAGCUGCUGGUGGAUGAUGAAGUAGUACGAGUAGCACUUUUUUACUCGUAGCAACCAUGAGUCAGCGAGGAGGGGACGAACGCAAGACUGACCCAACAUAACAUCUGAAAAAAUUCCUGGAAAUUUGAUCGUCAUGGUCACUGCCGCUAUUGCUUGUUCCUCCUUGAUCGGCUUUAGAGUUCUUCAGCUACCAUCAGACCCAUCGAACGAGAACGAAAUAAAAAAAAAGAAGACUCCACAACUUAUCGGUCGCAAUAAUCAGACCCAACACGGCAAUCGACUAUCCUUCUUAAAGUGGCGCAAUGCGCCCUUGCGAUCCAGAGCAGAGGAACGAUGGUAUGUAUAUUAAGCUCACUAGGGAUGCUCUAUUGUGCAUCGAGUCCAUGCAAAGUCCUCGGGUGGUAAG